GAAAGACCCGCCACCGAGACCAACUCCAAUGUGGACAGCUCAGCGCAGCCUUCGGUGGCCCAGCUGGCGGGGCGGUUUCGGGAGCAAGCAGCUGUGGCCAGGGACCCGACACCAGCCAGUAAACCAACAAGAAGGAAACCGCCCUGCUCCCUCCCCCUGUUCCCCCCAAAGGUAGAGCUGGGCCAGAAUGGUGAGGAGAAAUCACCGUCCAGCGCCAGCCACCCCCCUAAAAUCAAGGUGAAGAGCUCACCUCUGAUCGAGAAGCUGCAGGCCAACCUAGCCUUCGACCCAGCAGCUCUCCUGCCUGGAGCUUCCCCCAAAAGUCCUGGACUCAAGGCCAUGGUGUCACCAUUUCACAGCCCCCCCUCCACACCCAGCAGCCCUGGCCUCCGCUCUCAGCCAGGUGAGGCAGAAGAGGUGCCUGUGAGCUUUGACCAGCCUCCGGAGGGGACUCACCUGCCCUCCUACAACAAGGUUCGGACUAGAGGCUCGAUAAAAAGACGUCCUCCCUCCCGGCGAUUCCGAAGGUCUCAGUCGGACUGUGGGGACCUCAGAGAUUACAGGGCUGUGGAAGUGUCUCAGGAAAACGGUGCCAGGGAUGAGAAUGGGGACGAUGUAUUCCCUAGCAAGAGCAAGACGCCAGGGUCUCCCACACCCAACCAGAAGGCCAUGGGAGAUGGGGUGGAGAGGACCCUGGGGGCUGCCGAAAAGCCUUCGAGGAGGAGCAUGUGCAACAGCACAGAGAAGCCAGAGGAGCAGAUCGGGACCCCAGAGGAGGGCAAUGCCGGAGAGAAGGCUGGACAGAAUCCAGACACAGCUAGCCAGGGCAGUCCUGAGGUCCUGCAGUCACCCCACACCUGCAGCCCACAGGCUGAGAAUGGGUGUGGAAGCCCACUGGAAGAGCCCACCCCUGGAGAGCGUACAGACACUGGGAAGGUCACAGCAGGGACAGCCUCUGAGGAGAGGGUAGCAGACGAAGAGGACAGGCUCGGACAAAGAAGCCCAGAUGCGAAUACGCUGGAGGAGGGGGCUGAAAUCAGGGAGAAGGCUCCGCCAAGUUCUUCUGGAAGGAUAGAGGGCAUCAUUGGUCCAGAUCCGGAGACAAAGCAAAAGGAAGGGGCACCUCCAGAGCUGAGCUGCAGCCUGGGGGCCCACCAGGCCCCAGCAGAGACCAGCAAUGAGAUCCAGAAUGAUCACAAUGUUCCCAAG